CCCCGUUACAUACGACCUCUUGUCGAUGCCCAAGCUCCAGCUGAUUUCAACGCUCGUGACAAUGCAGCCCGGGAUGCAAUACUACGUGGAGUUCCUGAAGCUGAUGCAGAAAUGGUUUGUCAUGAGGAUUCCGCUAGAAAUAUGUGGACUUACUUCGAGAACAAGCAAACGAAGCGUGAGUACGCUAAUUACAUUUUUGCCCGUGAGCAGCUAUACUCAAACAACUUCACUCGAGAUGUGAAGCUGAGUGAUUGGUUGAGGGAUAUGGAGUUGCAGAAGCGUGAACUCCAGCAUUAUGGCAAAAUGAUUAGUGAUGAGGAGUUCGCUGAGAUUUUGCUGGGCAAUGUGUCACGCACACAUCGUGAUGUGGUGCGACAGUUUUCACGACACUAUGCUGUGCUUGCUUUGCCUGGAGCCCAUCAGCUCGCACCCACAGUUGCCCAAGUGAUGAAUGCUCUCCUGCUGAGGAAGAUCUUGAUGAAUAGGUCGCUGAGGAAGUGCCUCGGUAAUGCCGGUAAAGGCAAGAAACAGCGAGGCCGUGGGAAAUACAAAGCCAAGAAGAAAACCCAGGACCGUAAUGUCCAGAAAUCUGAUGGUUGCUGGGAAUGUGGCGAGCAUGGUCACAUCAAGGCGAAUUGUCCUAAUAAGAAGUCUGGAGAUGAUUCAAGUGGCCAGAAUGCAUCGGCAGGCAUGGAGUCGAAAAGGUGGCAAAACAAGAAAGGAGAUGAUGCAAAAAAGGCAAAGAAAAGUGUUGAUGCGUUGACACAGCGCAAGAUUGGAGCGACUGUGGUCGGUGCUCGACGCCACAAGCCUUCGAUGGUGGAGUGGGUGUUAGAUACAGCGACUGAUGUACAUGUGUGCACGAAUAAGGAGUUGCUGACUGACCGGCGAACGGAUUGGGAGCAUAUCUUCUUGGAUUUCGAUGGACAGACAAAAGGAGACCGCAUGGUAGGGACACUAAGUCUUCAAGUGAUGAAUACCGUUUCGCAUCAUGAGGAAGUGUUGACUCUGGCUAAUGUCGUCCAUACUCCGAAGGACAUGAUAAUAUACUAA